UACAUAAUAUGAGGAUGAAAUUUACAACUGACUGCUUCUGUAAGUUCUUUUAAUUUUCUAUUUUAUAAAAGUUCCCUAUUUUCAAAUGGUCUCUACCAUCCAGGAAGACGCGCCAUGCGACAAACUGCAUGAAAGACUGUCCACAAUAACAACAAGAAAAGCAGUCACCAUGAAGAUCGCAGUGGAGGGCUGUGCCCACGGAGCGCUGGAGGAAAUCUACGGCACGCUGCAGUACCUGGAACAGCAGGAGGGCAUCCAGGUGGAGCUGCUGCUCUGCUGCGGAGACUUCCAGGCUGUGAGGAACGCAGACGACCUGGAGUGCAUGGCCGUGCCCAAGAAAUUCCGCUUUAUGGAGUCAUUCCAUAAGUAUUACAGUGGGGAAAAGAAAGCUCCCUAUCUUACCAUCUUUAUCGGAGGGAACCAUGAGGCCAGUAACUACCUAGCUGAACUACCUUAUGGAGGAUGGGUGGCACCUAACAUAUAUUACCUGGGGUAUGCUGGUGUAGUGAAUGUUGGUGGCAUCAGAAUAGGUGGUGUCUCUGGUAUCUACAAGUCACAUGAUUACAGGAAAGGCCACUAUGAAGCCCCACCCUACAAUGAGAACAACAAGCGAAGUGCCUACCACAUCCGGAGCCUGGAGGUCUUCAGGAUGAAGCAGUUGAAGAGACCCAUUGACAUCAUGAUGAGCCAUGACUGGCCCCGCGGAGUCUACCACUGCGGCAACACGAAGGAACUUCUCGCCAAGAAGUCUUUCUUCAGAAACGAGAUUGAGACCAACACCUUGGGCAGCCCUCCGGCAGAGGAGCUUCUCCGAGCUCUGAAACCAGCCUACUGGUUCUCUGGACAUCUACACUGCAAGUUUGUGGCAGCAAUAGAACAUGAGAAGGAGGGACAGGAGACACCAAAGGUGACAAAGUUCCUUGCGCUGGACAAGUGUCUUCCUCGCAGAGAUUUUCUUCAGGUUAUCGACGUCCCCAGGAAUGAGUUUGAGCCGCUGGAGUUACAGUAUGAUGCGGAGUGGUUAGCUGUCCUACAGGGGACCAACCAUUUGUUCAGCACCUCCAGGGUACCCAUGAACAUGCCUUCACAGUUCACUGAUGACAGAUGGGACUACUCUGUAAGUUCAGAAGAAAUGGAAGGUGUGAAGAAAGCCUUCAACGGCGACCUCAAAGUUCCAGAAAACUUUGUCCAGACGGCACCGACCUUCAACCCCGCCCGUCUACAGAACACGAGACAACCCAACCUGACCAUCAACCCACAGACCACUCUGCUCUGUACCAAACUGGGGGUCACCGACCCCUGCAAGAAACUCCUGAAAAUCGCAGAGGGAAACCCCGACGAGAUCAGCUUGGAUGAAGAUGACAAUGAAGAAGACACUGGCAAUCCGGAGGAAAUCAGCACCAGCGAUGUUGAUGACGCAGAUGCAGAUGAUGAUGAUGAUGACAGUGCUGCAGAAGAGGCUAUCCUACCAGUUAACCCUAACCUCACCGAGCCCAUGCCAAGUCAGGAAGAAGCCAGCAUCUCUGACGAAGAAGCAGAGCUGAUCAAAGAGAUGCACCGAAUCCGGUCGUCGCCGGCGACGUCACAAGACGACAGCUCGGACAUCCUGACCUCGCCGUUCCACACGGGGUCAGAGACGGAGAGUGCGGCCCCGGAUUUGUCGGACUCAGAUUCGUUGCACCAAGGAAAGACGGACUCAGACAGCGGGAAGAGAAGCAGCGAGAAUGAAACGGACGGGUCGGGGUCUAAGAAAAAGUUCAAGAGAAGAAAUCAGGCCAUGUAUGAAGAUACAGAGGAGAGUUGUUAGUGUCAAAAGACUGGUGUUCUGGUACCUAUUGAAAUGGUUAGAUUCGUCAAGAACAUGAGACAUUAUUCCUGUACAUUAUUGUAAAAUAUCCUCUUCUCAUGUGGUAAGUAUAUAACUUGUUAGAUGUGAUAGUAAUAAAUCAAUCUAAAUCAGUCUAAAUCAAUAAUGUAUUACUCCUGAAUAGUGCUGUGUACCUAAAGGUAACAUCAGGUAUAGGUACAGGUAUUGUUGCAGAAGUUAAGGUACAGUUCCAGUGCAAACCUUUUUAUUUGAUACGUUUAUUAUGUUACAAGAAAUGAAAUGUAAGGAACAAAUGAUUUAUGAGUUUUAAUCCCAUGUGUCUCAAAAUCAUGAAUGAUACAAAGAAUUUGGAAGAAUAGUUUUGUUUUGUUAGCAUAAAAUUUGUAGUUGACUUUAUUUUCCAAACAGCUGCACUUUAGAAUA